UUUUGGGAAGCUAUUCCUAAGUUAGGUCUUUGUUUCCAAUCACCAAGAUGGCAGUGUUCCUCACUUUGGUUCUUGUUGCUGUAAUCCUUGUUGAGCCAGUUGUGAAUGCUAGAUACUCACCAUUGGAUGGUGAUAAGCGACUCAAUUCACUGGACAAUGAGCAUCUUGUAACUAAUUUGCCUGGCCAGCCAGAUGUGGACUUCCGGCACUAUGCUGGUUAUGUUACAGUGAAUGAAAAUAAUGGAAGGGCACUCUUCUAUUGGUUCUACGAGGCCACCACUCACCCUGAUGAAAAACCUCUAGUGCUGUGGCUUAAUGGAGGUCCUGGGUGCUCUUCUGUGGGAUAUGGAGCAACACAAGAGAUUGGACCUUUCCUAGUGGACACUGAUGGACAUGGAAUUAAAUAUAAUCCCUACUCAUGGAAUAGAGAGGCCAACAUGUUAUUCCUGGAGUCCCCGGUUGGAGUUGGUUUUUCAUACUCAAAUACAACUAGUGACUACAGUGUUCUGGGAGAUGAUUUUACAGCAAUUGAUGCUUACGCUUUCUUGCAAAAGUGGUUUCGCAAAUUUCCAUCAUAUAGAACGCGGACAUUUUAUAUUGCUGGGGAAAGCUAUGCAGGAAAAUAUGUUCCGGAGCUUGCUGAGCUGAUACUUGACCGGAACGUGGAUUCAUUCCUUCACAUUGAUCUCAGGGGUAUUCUGAUGGGCAAUCCUGAAACAAGUGAUGCUGAGGACUGGGCAGGUAUGGUGGAUUAUGCUUGGAGCCAUGCUGUCAUAUCAGAUGAAACCCACAAGAUAAUCGGAAAAAGCUGCAACUUUAGAAGUAAUGAUACAUGGAGCAAUAAUGAUUGUAGCCAAGCUGUCGAUGAAUUAUUCAGACAGUACAACGAGAUAGAUAUUUUCAGCCUCUACACCUCAAUUUGUAUUGGUGAUGCAGCAAGUUCAGACGACAAAUCUAGGCAGGUCAAGUUUAUGCAUACAUCUACAAUGAUGCCAAGGAUCAUGGGUGGUUAUGAUCCAUGCCUGGAUGAAUAUGCAGGAGCUUUCUAUAAUAGACCUGAUGUUCAAAAGGCCCUCCACGUCAGUGAUGGUCACAGGCUCGAGAACUGGAGCAUCUGCAAUCAUAAGAUAUUCGACAAGUGGUCAGAUUCAAAGCGAUCAGUUCUUCCUAUAUACAAGAAAAUGAUUGCGGCUGGUCUUAGAAUAUGGGUCUACAGUGGAGAUACAGAUGGAAGAGUUCCUGUAUUGUCCACAAGAUACAGCUUAGGCUCUCUGGGACUACCUGUCAUCAAAGCAUGGAGGCCAUGGUACCACCAGAAGCAGGUCAGUGGUUGGUUUCAAGAAUAUGAGGGGCUUAUAUUUGCAACAUUUAGAGGAGCUGGUCAUGCUGUGCCUAUCUUCAAACCAAGCGAGUCACUGGCAUUCUUCUCAGCCUUUCUUCAAGGGGAAUCUCCACCUUCUUCCCGAUAAAUCAUCAAUACUAAGUUAUGGCUUGGCUAAUUGCAACCUUGUUUUCCUCUCUUAGUGUACUAGGUUUGUAAUUAAGUAGCAGAAAAUAGUGAAAUACUUGAAAAAAAAGGUGUGCUGCUAGUGUUGUUUCUAGACUACUAGAUCUUGUCUUUUGUGAACAGAACAAGUUCUACAUGCUCAACCAAAAGAAUAAUAAUAAUAAUGGGGUUAAUUGUACCAA